AUGAAAGAGGCAAAAUCUAUCCAUGACAUCAUCCGCCAGCAUCCAAGGGAGCGAGUUCUCGUUCAGCCACUGGAAUGGGUACAACUGCACCUGGAGCUGCUCAAGUGCUCCUUCAAGGACGAGUCCCCUGAAACUCUAUCAGAGGCUUCGGAUACAACUGCAUCCGAGGCAUCGGGGAGUAAGAAGACCAUCGAUCGUGAUGCAAGGACAGCUGAGCGCUUGGCAACUUCGGAUAUGAAAAAUGCAGCCAUCAAGAAGCUGAUUUCUGAAGACGGCGGACCUCUAAGGUUCCAGAGGUAUGACAUGAGCUAUUUGAUUUCAGUCGGCUUUCUGACCGCUGUUCAAUAG